CCACGCACUCGCCAUUACUUUCAUAAAUAUUUUUUAGUUCAACAAUGGGCCGCUGGACUGACAAGCCGUUUAUCUCGCAAGGCGAAUGGUCAAACUCGCACGGUGACGAGGGAAUGGCUUUUGGAGGCAAAAAUAGUAACCUCCGGGGCAAAAAAGAGACCACUCAGCAGCUGCCAUUCGACUGCUGCGCCCUGUCCUUAAAGCCAUUCGCCAACCCCGUCUGCACUCCUGAUGGCUACGUGUUUGACUUUGAAAACAUUACAAGUUAUAUCAAAGACCACAGCAAGCACCCAUUUACUGGCGAGCCACUAAAGGAGGGCGACCUGACCCAGCUGCAUUACCACAAAAACGCUGACGGGGACUAUAUCGACCCAGUAUCGUUCAAGCAGCUGUCUGGUUUUACCAAAAUUGUGGCGAACCGGAAAAGUGGACAUGUCUAUUCCUGGCCGUCUGUCGAAGAGUUCAAUAUAAAGCCCAGUUCGUGGACAGACCUGGUUACUAGCGAGCCAUUCGCGCACGUGGAUAUCGUUGUGCUGCAGGAUCCGAGCACACCCAAGAAAGCCAGCAAAGCAUUAGCCGAUACCGGCAGUGCCUUAAAGGUGGUUGCCCAGGCAAAGACAAAGGACGCACAUCAGAAGGAUGUCAGCAGCAACAGUAGCGAGGACAAAGCCAACCAACCGUAUAAUGCCGCUAGCUAUUCAAAGGGCCUAACCGCAGCUUCAUUCACCUCAACGUCAAUGGUGCCUGUAACCAACAAUGAAUCCCAAAUAGUCGACUCAGAGGAGUACAUGUUUGGACGGAUAAAGGACAAAGGGUACGCGCGCAUAGUGACGAACCUCGGGGACAUCAACCUGGAGCUGCACUGUGAUAAGGCACCCCGCACCUGCUACAAUUUUAUUAAACUGGCCACCAUCGGCUACUACAAGGGGAUAAAGUUCCACCGGUCCAUCAAAAAUUUUAUGAUCCAAGGUGGCGAUCCCACGGGCACCGGGUGCGGCGGAAAGUCAUACUGGGGCAACGACUUUUCCGACGAGAUUUCCAAAAAGCUAUCCCACUCAGAGCGCGGCACCCUUGCCAUGGCCAAUCGUGGCCCGGGGACCAAUGGCUCCCAGUUUUUUAUACUAUACCGGGCGGCCAAACACCUGGAUGGCAAGCACACGGUAUUUGGCAGGGUCGUCGGCGGUCUGCCCGUGCUGAGCAAAAUGGAGGCUGUGCCGACAGACGACGACGACCACCCGGCCUCAGAUAUAGUCAUAAAGGACAUUGUUGUGUUUGUAGACCCGUAUUCCGAGUUCAACAAGCGGCUAGAGCGCAAGCUCGACCAUGAUAGAGAUGUGCAGGACCUUGCUUCUGGGAAACGCCGCCGCACGGCUGCCGAGGAGGAGCAGAGGGACCGUGAAACGACCACGAUUUAUAGUGCACAACCGGGCGGAUUAUAAGCGGCGCCUUGCGGGAGGCCAAGCGGCGCUGCAGAAUCUUAUCCUCGGCCUCUUGCUGCUGAAAUGUAUUUAGUUUUUCAAUAUUCUCAAUCUCCGUCUGCUUUGCCUCCUCCAGCAGCUGCUCCUGCGUGAGGUUAUUGUGUAUCACCGAGGAAUCUUCAGAUCCGUCUGUGUAUCUGUGUCUUUUACGCCCGCGCUUUAUUUCGGCUAAAAACUCGCGCUCCUGCACCAGGGCCUCCGACUCCAAAGUCUUGCGUAAAACUGAUGAACGACUGGAAAACCUCACAGCCUGUUCCAGCAUUUUGUGGCGCUUCAACCCCCUAGUCUCCGCCG